UUUCAUGCACGCCCCCAGCCCUGCCCCCUGGGUGACUAGCGAGAUACGGGCCAUGAUGAAUUAACUCUCCUGUUUUCCUGUGGGGGCAGCGGCCGCCCCCGAGCAGCAAGCGACACCCCGGAGAGUCCCACUGCUCUGCUGCCUGCCGAUCGGAUCCCAGAUGGCCAAUUCCCUGAAUGGCCGGAACCCAGGUGGCCGAGGAGGAAACCCCCGCAAAGGGCGUAUUCUGGGCAUCAUAGAUGCUAUUCAGGAUGUCGUGGGGCCCCCCAAGCAAGCAGCUGCUGACCGCAGAACUGUGGAGAAGACUUGGAAGCUAAUGGACAAAGUGGUCAGACUGUGCCAAAAUCCCAAACUUCAAUUGAAAAACAGCCCACCUUACAUACUUGACAUUUUACCAGACACUUAUCAACAUUUGCGACUUAUACUGGGCAACUGUGACGACAACCAGAAACUUGCACAACUCAGUGAGAAUGAAUAUUUUAAAAUCUACAUUGACAGUCUCAUGAAAAAAUCAAAACGGGCUAUAAGACUCUUUAAAGAAGGCAAGGAGCGGAUGUAUGAGGAACAGUCUCAGGACAGGCGAAACCUUACAAAGCUGUCCCUGAUCUUCAGCCACAUGCUGGCAGAAAUCAAAGCAAUAUUUCCUAAUGGCCAAUUCCAGGGUGACAACUUCCGUAUCACAAAAGCAGAUGCUGCAGAAUUCUGGAGAAAAUUUUUUGGAGACAAAACUAUAGUGCCAUGGAAACUGUUCCGGCAGUGCCUUCAUGAGAUUCAUCAGAUAAGCUCUGGUUUGGAAGCAAUGGCUCUUAAGUCUACCAUUGACUUGACCUGCAAUGACUACAUUUCAAUUUUUGAAUUUGAUAUCUUCACUAGACUAUUUCAGCCUUGGGGUUCAAUCUUAAGGAACUGGAACUUCUUAGCUGUGACACACCCUGGGUAUAUGGCAUUCCUAACAUAUGAUGAAGUCAAAGCAAGGUUACAGAAAUACAGCACCAAACCUGGGAGCUACAUUUUCAGACUGAGUUGCACUCGACUGGGGCAGUGGGCCAUUGGAUACGUAACUGGUGAUGGAAACAUUUUGCAGACUAUACCUCACAAUAAGCCUUUAUUUCAAGCUCUAAUUGAUGGCAGCCGGGAGGGAUUCUAUCUGUACCCAGAUGGACGAAGUUAUAAUCCUGAUCUGACAGGAUUAUGUGAACCUACUCCACAUGAUCACAUAAAAGUUACACAGGAACAAUAUGAAUUGUACUGUGAAAUGGGUUCCACUUUCCAGCUGUGUAAAAUCUGUGCAGAGAAUGAUAAAGAUGUGAAGAUUGAGCCUUGUGGACAUCUCAUGUGCACUUCUUGUCUUACAGCAUGGCAGGAAUCCGAUGGUCAGGGCUGUCCUUUCUGCCGAUGUGAAAUCAAAGGAACUGAACCAAUAAUUGUAGACCCUUUUGAUCCAAGGGAUGAAAACUCCAGGUGCUGCAGUAUUAUAGAUAGUUUUAGUAUGCCCAUGCUAGACUUGGACGAUGAUGAUGACAGAGAAGAAUCUUUAAUGAUGAAUCGGUUGGCUUCAGUACGAAAGUGCAAUGAAAGACAGAAUUCACCAGUGACUUCUCCAGGAUCCUCUCCACUUACACAGAGAAGAAAGCCACUUCCAGACCCCCUGCAAAUUCCCCAUCUUAGUCUCCCACCGGUGCCUCCUCGUCUGGAUCUCAUUCAGAAGGGGGUAGCACGGUCACCUUGUGCCAGCCCUACUGGCUCACCAAAGUCUUCUCCAUGUAUGGUGAGGAAACAGGAUAAACCCCUCCCAGCACCACCACCUCCCUUGCGAGAUCCUCCUCCACCUCCACCUGAGAGACCCCCUCCUAUCCCGCCGGACAACAGGAUAAGUAGACAUUUGCAUCAUCCUGAAAGUGUGCCUUCCAGAGACCAGCCUGUGCCACUUGAAGCCUGGUGCCCCAGAGAUGUGUUUGGGACAAGUCCAUUAAUAGGAUGUCGAAUCCUAAAUGACAGUUCCCCCAAACCAGGACUCACUGCAAGUUCGAAUAUAAAUGGAAGGCACAACCGAAUGGGUUCUGACCCAGGAUUUAUGAGAAAACAUAGACGCCAUGAUUUGCCUUUAGAAGGUGCCAAGGUAUUUUCAAAUGGCCAUCUAGGAAAUGAAGAAUAUGAUGUUCCUCCUCGACUUUCUCCCCCUCUCACAGCUGCAUCCAUCCUCCCUAGUAUGAAGGUGUGUGAGAAUGGUCAGUGUGCUGGUAUAAUGAAUGGAACACACAAUGCUGCUUCAGAGAUGAAGAAAUCCAAAACCCCGGAGUUAGGUAUGUUUUUAUUUAGAGACGCCUUUGAUGCAUCCACUGCUCCAGUAUCUUUACCGCCUGCACGGCCUCCUACCAGAGACAACCCAAAACACAGCUCUUUGCUCAACAGGACACCCUCCGAUUAUGAUCUUCUGGUGCCCCCUUUAGGCGAAGAUGCAUUUGACAACUCCCCACCAUCACUUCCUCCACCUCCACCUCCCGCUCGGCACAGCCUCACUGAGCAUUCCAAACCUCUGGGCUCAGGAAGCAGACCCUCUUCAGGACAUGAACUGUUCCUUCCUCCUUCGGAUCUCUUUUUUGAUCCGGCUAAUAGUGUAAUUCCUUUGCCUCCUGCUCGAAGAGUAACAGUGGAAAAUGUCAAAACUAAUAGAACAUCCCAGGACUACGAUCCACUUCCAUCCUCCUCAGAUGGUUCACAAGCACCAGCCAGACCCCCCAAACCACUUCCUCGCAGGACUGCACCAGAAAUCCACCACAGGAAAACAUACAACUCUGACACCUCCUUGGAAAAUGUGGAUGCAAAAAUUGCAAAACUUAUGGGAGAGGGCUUUUCUUUUGAAGAAGUGAAGAGGGCACUUGAAAUAGCCCAGAAUAAUGUUGAUGUGGCUCGUAGUAUUUUAAGAGAAUUUGCCUGCUUUCCUCCACCAGUCUCCCCACGUCUCAAUCUAUAGCAGCAUGCAAGUCCCUGCAGCAGAUGAAUUCCAUGGAUGUGUGUGUGUGGAACUGAGAGCAAGAGAGAGAAUUUGAGAGAGAGGUUUUCUUUUCUUGUCAUCCUUAGAAGAGGGUCUGUUUCCAGUAGUUUAUCAGAGGAAGAUGGCUGCUCUGAUCAAGACUCAUAGAUGGGCUGAGGCUUCUGUAUUUUUGCUAGCCAUACUUUUAAAAUCAGGGUUGAACUGACAAAAUUAUUUUAAGAAGUUUACUUCCCUUGAACUUUGAAUCUGUGAAAUGCUUUUUUCUUGUUUACAAGUUGGCAAGUGGACAUCUGUACUGUGUUCCUGUUUAGAUUCCCUUGUACGGUGGUCAGCUCAGCUGUAGCAUUUGCAACAUUUUCCAUGCUGACCGCCCCAUCAACUAAAUCAUUUUUUCCAGAAGCUCUGUAUUUCCAUUUCUCCUUUUAUAAGAGGCUUUAAUGGUUUUUGCAUUUCAAUUUAUCAAACAAAUGCAAAAAAAAAAAAAGUAUGUGGCCUUCACUACUGAGCGUUUUCUUCUGAGAUUGCUUUGUUAUUGAGAGAGGAAAAAAAUCUGAAUGUAUAAUGCAUUAUUUUUUGUCUAUGAACUGCCUUUUUAAAGGUAUUUUAACAGUGAUGUUGGGCAGCUUUUCUUUUUAUUAUGGAUUUUGUGACCUAUUGUCUUCAAGGUCUUGAUCCAUGUAGUUUCCAGUUUAAAAAAAAAA